AUGAGGUCGUAUGUUUGCCCUGCAUGCGUUCCUAAACCAUUCAAACGUAGCGACGCACCCGAGCAACGUUAUGGCGAAAUCGAGAUAACGCUAACUGGUAAUAUGAGCAAGAUCUGGAAACGUAUGAUGGGGAAGCAGGAUUCCAGUUGGCGUAGAGUGUUAGUGCUGUGUGUGCUUGUGCUAUGUGAUAGUGUUAGUGGUAAGCAGAUGAGUGAGACGCUGCAGAGGGCGUUGUCGGCGGUGAGAGGACCGAGUCCUGGAGCUAAAAAACUCCUUAAUAUUCCUGAGGAUGGAGGGCAAAUGGAAAUAUCAUUUUCAGUU